GGAAGUUCUGGGCCCGGGUGGCGUGGAAAUGGGCACUGGUGGGCGUGGUGGGCUACGGCCCGGCAAUGGGACUCCGGAAGGGGAGACAGCGGGCAAGGGGAGCACGGAGGGGCUGACGGCGACUCCUGCUGCCACUGAUGCCUUGGCGUCCUGCCAGUACAGGUGCAUCGAAUGCAACCAGGAGGCCAAGGAGUUGUACAGAGACUAUAAACACGGCGUGCUGAAGAUAACCAUCUGCAAGUCUUGCCAGAAACCUGUAGACAAAUAUGUCGAGUAUGAUCCCGUUAUAAUCUUGAUUAAUGCUAUUUUAUGCAAAGCCCAGGCCUACAGGCAUAUUCUUUUCAAUACUGAAAUAAACCUGCAUGGAAAGCUCUGCAUGUUUUGUUUGCUUUGUGAAGCAUACCUGAGAUGGUGGCAGCUCCAAGACUCAACCCAGAAGCCCGACCCUGACGAUUUCAUCCGAUAUGCUAAGGAGUGGGAUUUCUACAGACUGUUUGCAGUUGCUUCUCUAGAACAAGCUGCCUUUUUUAUUGGCAUUUUCACUUUCCUGUGGGUAGAGCGACCCAUCGCAGAAGAAAAGCACCCCGACUUGCUUUUGCUGCUGAAAGCCUUGUUAUUGUCGAGCUAUGGGAAACUCUUGCUGAUCCCGGCUGUCAUCUGGGAGCAUGACUACACGGCGCUGUGCCUGCGGCUCAUUAAAGUCUUCGUUCUCACGUCCAAUUUUCAGGCAAUCAGAGUGACCCUGAACGCCAGCCGGAAGCUCUCCUUUCUGGCCAUCUUGAGUGGCUUACUGCUGGAAAGCACCGUGGUCUAUCUCCUCCAGAGGAUGGAAUGGGACGUUGGGAGUGACUGUGCCAUCUAUACGUCUCAAGACUUCUGAGGAGUUUUAUUCUUUACUGUUUGUGGCAUGACCAGCUGCAUCUGUAAAAGAGAAGACAAAAAAUACAAACCAGCUCCUCAUUCCUGUUGCGUAAAAUGAAGCAAAGAUUUGGAUAUACUUCCUGAAAAAGAAAUCAAUGGUUAUGGCAUUUGAAACCAGCCCUGUGACACCACAGACCCCUCUCCCACAUACAGGAAACACUAAACCACAUGCAGAUCCCACAGACACACACACACACAAACACACACACACGAGGGGUGUUGCCCAGGGACCCAUGUCGCAAAAAGUGAGGGUUUAUACAUUAUAGACUACUUCAGCUAAACAUAUAAAUUAAAAGAGGAACAUAAAUUCAUGAUUCACACAUAAUAAAAGAUCUAUGUUUCAUUCCUUGGAAUGUUUGUAUCUUCCCUAAUUUAAAUGUCAAAGGCUUUAAAUAAUGUAUUUAAAAUAAUAUUUUGUGUUGUUACAACAGAAACAAUUUUAAUAAAAUCAGAAUAAACUGAGCUUUUGUAAAUUUUCAAUUCAGUAUCUUUCCCUGUAACUAAGUUACUCUUUAAAAUUAGCUGACCCAGAAAUAACUAAAAACAUCUGAAUUA